AUGAAGUUGUCAUUGAACAAAUCUUUCGUGAGCUUACUGGCAUGUGUGAUUCCAAGUCAUGCAAUCACUUUACUUCAAGUACUUCAAAGCUACUCAGAAUUGACCACCCUUUCAAGUUAUGUGAACGCCUCUUCGAACGCAACAGCGCUAUUAGCGAAUGCCAACAACUUCACUUUCUUAGCAUCAAGUAACGCGGCGAUUGCGAGUUUCCUUUCGAAAAAUCCUAAUGUAUUGACGGCAGAUCUGUUGCAAGCAACUUUAGAAUACUCACUGCUUCGAGGAGGAUAUCCAACUCUCUCAUUUUCAGAUACGCCUCAAUUCGUGGCUAGCAAUCUCGUCAAUUCUAGCUAUGCAAACGUCACAGGUGGACAGACGGUAGAGCUUCUUCAGAGUAGCGGUGGGGCUGAAACUUUGAGUGGCAAUAAAACCAUCAGCACAUCCUCUUCGGCUGACAUUGUCUGCACUGGAGGGAUAAUCCACAUAAUCGACACUGUCCCUUCCAUACCAGUGUCAGCAGUAUCCGAGAUCACGGCUGCAAACCUAGAAUAUUUCGUCUCUAUCCUCAACGUCGGGGGUUACUUAAACCCAGCCAAUGCAUACGUCAACCAAAUACUAGAAGUACCAGAUGUCACAUACUUCAUUCCAAACUCCGCGGCUGCACUUGCCAAUGUCACAGAACAAGUCAAGAACACUUCAGCUGCCGAGUUGCAGUCGACCUUCGAGUAUCAUGUCGUACCAGGAUUCGUGGGAUACAGUACCUUGCUUACAAAUGGAAUGCAGCUAAAGACAGCCGAGGGAGGAAAUCUCACUGUCACGGUACAAGGUGGGGAGAUGUACAUCAAUGCCGCUAAAGUGGUAGCAUCAGAUUACAUUGUGGCGAACGGUGUUGUGCACGUGAUCGAUAAGUAA